UCUGAGAUACAGGAAGAAACUGGGAAAAGGCGGGAUUUUUAGUUUUUACUACUGUUGCUCUACUCAAAAGGGUGGAAAAGAGUAGAGAGUAGUGUCUAAUGUGAAACAUAUUGACCAGUUCGGUGACCAAAUUGGUAUUUAACCUUCAGUCCUCUGCCUUCCCAAUCGUAGCGUCUCCAGGUGGAUGAAGAUAAACCUCCCUUGCGUUAAACCGCUCCAAAACCUCCCGACCACCGGUAGUAGUAAUGUCCAGUGUCACUGCUACGGCUGCCUUGUUCGCUGUAAAACCCUUCGCCGUUUCUGCGUCGUUUCCUUCCCUUUGCAAGCUUUCGAUUCCCUUCGUUUCCCAUGCCAAAGCUUCGUACUUUCCCCUGCAACUCCUUCACUCUUCAUCUCCGCUUCCCGGGUUAAUUUCGUGCAAAUCCUCCCUAGAUGAUGACCAAGAAGAAAUAUCUGAAGCAGACACUGAGGUGGACCUGGAGUUUGAUGAGUCUGAUGGAGAGGAUUACGAGUUUGACGUCGAUGAGUUAGAACAGGAAGCUAAAGUUGCAGUUAGGGAGUACUCGUCGUCCUUAUCCCGUGAAUUGAUAAUCGACGAUGAGGCUGAUACCAGAAAGGAAUCUAGGAAGCAGAGGAGGAAGAAGCUCACAGUUAAAGAGAUUCCAAAUCAUCUUCUCUCGAAGGUAGCCAUUGUUGGAAGGCCGAAUGUUGGGAAAUCAGCAUUGUUUAACCGCCUUGUUGGGGAGAACAAGGCUAUUGUGGUGGAUGAACCUGGAGUUACUCGUGAUCGUCUCUAUGGAAGAUCCUUUUGGGGUGAUCAUGAGUUCAUGGUGGUGGAUACCGGAGGGGUAAUCACUGUGUCGAAAUCAAAAAACGAGGUUAUGGAGGAACUUGCUAUCACGACGACCAUUGGCAUGGAAGGGAUUCCGCUUGCCUCUAGGGAAGCUGCGGUUGCCAGGAUGCCCUCAAUGAUCGAGAGACAAGCUACUGCUGCUGUGGAGGAAUCCUCUGCCAUUAUAUUCCUUGUUGAUGGACAGGCAGGCCUAACAGCAGCUGAUGUGGAGAUAGCAGAUUGGCUAAGAAAGCAUUACUCCCACAAGUUUGUGAUUCUUGCCGUCAAUAAGUGUGAAUCUCCGAAGAAAGGGAUCAUGCAAGUUUCAGACUUUUGGACAUUGGGGUUCUCGCCCCUCCCUAUAUCAGCUUUAUCUGGAACUGGAACUGGGGAGCUCCUUGACCUUGUGUGUUCUGGACUAGCUAAAGUAGAGGUUUCAGAAGAUCUCCAUGAAGAACAAGAUGAAGAUUACGUUCCAGCAAUUUCAAUCGUUGGCCGGCCAAAUGUUGGGAAAAGCAGCAUUCUAAAUGCAUUGGUUGGUGAGGAUAGAACUAUAGUUAGCCCCAUCAGUGGAACUACACGUGAUGCCAUUGAUACGGAAUUUACAGGACCUGAUGGCCAGAAGUUCCGACUCAUCGAUACAGCUGGAAUCAGGAAAAGGGCCGCCGUGGCUUCUUCAGGUAGCACCACAGAGGCAUUAUCAGUGAACCGAGCAUUUCGAGCCAUUCGGCGUUCUGAUGUUGUUGCUCUUGUCAUUGAGGCCAUGGCAUGCAUCACAGAGCAGGAUUUUAAAAUAGCUGAAAGAAUUGAGAAGGAAGGUAAAGGCUGCCUGAUAGUUGUGAAUAAAUGGGACACCAUACCAAACAAAAACCAGCAGACUGCAGUGUACUACGAACAAGACGUGCGAGAGAAACUCCGUAUACUCCAAUGGGCUCCCAUAGUUUACGCCACUGCAAUUUCUGGCCACAGCGUUGACAGGGUGAUUGUUGCGGCUAGUGAAGUCGAAAAGGAGAGGUCGAGGAGGCUAAGCACAGCCACAUUGAAUCAAGUGGUACAGGAAGCACUGGCCUUUAAGUCGCCUCCAAGGACUCGAGGUGGUAAGAGAGGCCGUAUCUAUUACUGCACUCAGGCUGCAAUCAGGCCACCCACAUUUGUGUUCUUCGUAAACGAUGCAAACCUCUUCCCUGAGACUUAUCGAAGGUACAUGGAGAAGCAACUCCGCAAGGAUGCAGGAUUUCCAGGCACUCCAAUACGGUUACUGUGGCGCAACAGAAGGAAAAUGGGGAAAAUGGACGGUGGUGGCAAAGGACCAGCGGGAAGAGCACAACUGAGCCUGAAAUCUCGUGGCAGAAAGUUGGCACUAACCUCAUGAAAAAAGCGGUACAGACCCUUAAGAUUAUUCAAACCAAACACCCAUUUAGCCAAAGCUAGCUUCUUUUUGGUACACUGUUGACAGUAGAGCAUGGAGAUUUCCACAGUGAAUUUGCAGUUUGUCUAUGUUAAUUUGUGCGAGUCUGCAGAAUAAAUUUUGGCUAGGAAUAUGAAAUGCCAACUGUAAUUCAACGUUGUUGUUUCGUCAUUUUCCUCUUGUUGGCCACCAACCAUCUUCCUCGAUAGCUUCUUUGUUUUGAUUCUCAACUACAACCACAAUAAUUCUCUAUUGAGGAGAUGUGAGCUCCUUGCUUAAUCCAGCCUUUGGCAUUGCUCCCAUGGCGUUGUUUUUGUGGUCUUAGAUAAAUUAGAGACUCUAGUUCGUACCAAAUGUAGCAAUCUGCCAUGAGCUUGAAAGCAGGGGGGACUUGUUCACCAUCUUCUUGUCUCUUGCCGUGUCAAUUUCAAGAAAUUCCGGUUUGUCAGUCUUCAUGUUUAAAUGUUGAUCCUCGAUUCAGUUAGCACACUGAGUGCUAAAUAUGAGACGUGAGAUUAGUAGACAAAGGUGACAUCAAUUUCAGUGUGUUGAUGAUAAUUCUUGCGAGGCUUCUUUACUGCAAUUUUUUUAUUUAUUUAAACCUCUAAUUGCUUUCAAUUGGUAUGCCUUACAAGGAGAAUGUGAGGUAAGGGAAUUAUUAUUGAGUGGUUUGAUAUUUUGAUUCUAUGCUUUUUGGUUACUCAUGUUUCUCAUAAUUAUUGCACGGGAGUGAAGUUUCAUAGUAAGUAUAAGCUAAUGCUAGAUUAUCAUCUUUGCCUCUAGGGGACUUUAACUGUUAUAGAUUAAAAAUUAUAUCGGGAUGCUUUGAAAUAGCUGAAGUGACUGCUUGUGAUUCUUCUAAUGGUGCCUCUUCCAAGUUAUAGCCCACCCUUUUUUUCUUUUGUUCCUGAAUUUAAAGUUCAGCUGCCUCUUAAUGGUCUGUCAUGCCACUCCAUGUAUGUAAUGUGUUUUCAAUAUCACCUCAUCUAUUGGUAAUGAGGAUUUGGUUACUAUGUUAGCUAAAGUGAAGCUUCAGGGCACUUCAAGGUUGCUGCAGAACCAGAAGGUGACCUUACAUCUCCUAAAAAAACAGCAGAUUAUUCAACCGGGGGAAAAAAAAACAGCAGAUUGAUAGUGGAAGGCAGCAGUAGAAGUUGAAACUCCAUCUGCUCAAAGGCCCGGAUAUGAAAGAACAAAAGAAAAACGAGUUGGCUGCAGCACACUAUUAUUGGGAUUAAUAGAAGAAAUUUGCUUCCAGCAAAGAGUGCCAUGAUACAUGUAAAUAGUUCAUCAGCUGAUUCGUUAAGUACCUGUAGAGCUUAUAAGAUAUGUCAUUUCUUUAUUCAGGGAACUAUUUAUAAACCACCACAGCUGCAAUUAGCACAAUUCUUCAAUUGAGUAUUUUUUUUUUUUUUGACAAAUAAUUCUUCAAAUGAAAUAGCCCCAAUCCCCCACCACAAUAGCUUAGUGAAACUACUAAUGAAAUUGACUAUAUGUC